AUGACGAGUGGCCGAAAUACAGCUGGUUCCCAUCCCUGGGUGAAUCAACGGCGAUCGUACGAUGGCAAUCUAUGCACCAUCCGCUAUGUGGGCAAGGUCGAGGGAACCUCUGGGGAAUGGCUCGGGGUCGAAUGGGACGAUCCGUCGCGGGGAAAGCAUUCAGGCUCAAGAAACCACCCCACGGCAGGGUCAUUCGUGCGGCCUUCGCGUCCAGCAGACAGCCCGCGCAGCUUCUUAGAAGCACUACGGGAGAAGUACGCAUCUGACUAUGAGCAGACUCGUGCGAGGCAAGCCCGUGCGGACGCGGAGCCCGAGAAGCCCAUCAAAUUCAACAGCAAAAUUGCCGAGGAAGUCGGCUUUGACAAGAUCCGGAAGCAGCUUGCGGAGCUUGAAGAGCUGAAGAUCGUGCUUCUUGAUGGACUGCGUGUUGCCGGUGUGCUUGCUCAGGAGGCUAGUCGUGAGCAGAUCGAGGAAGCACGGCGCGAGAUCGAGAGGACAUGUCCUAAGAUAGUGGAGCUUGACCUGAGCGUGAAUAUGUUGACGACUUGGAGGGAUGUUGCUGAUAUAUGUGAGCCGCUUAAGCGAUUGAAGCUUUUGAGGUUGAGUGGGAAUCGGCUGGGGUCUGUUGAGGAGGGGUUGAGGUUUGAUAGAGUUGAGGAGCUUCAUCUGGAUGAUACUUUGCUUCCUUGGGAGCAGGUAUCGAUGGUGGCUGCUCAGUUUCCAUCACUCACCUGGCUCUCAGCUUCAGGAAACCAGAUCUCUGUGGCUCUCACGCCAGUAUCCAAUACGUUAACUACUUUGGUUCUCGAGAACAACGAUAUUGGUUCACUAUCCUCGAUUAGGGCACUAUCAUCUCUCCAGAACCUCAAGCAUUUGUCACUGCGCGGGAACUUCAUUGACGCCAUAUCAGCAGCUGACGCCGAGGGCAGUUCGUUUCAGUUCUCCAAAAGUCUUCGAUCAGUGGAUCUAUCCCGAAAUAAGAUCAAUUCGUGGUCGUUUAUCAACAGGCUUCCCGAAGUCUUCCCAGGACUACAGAAUCUCCGAGUGUCGGGGAACCCCCUUUACAACCAAGCCGUCGCACCGUCAUCUAUCACCGGCAUCACCGAAAAGCCAAUGACAGUAGACGAGGCGUACAUGCUAACACUAGCUCGUGUCGCAACUCUGCAGGUACUCAACUACAGUACGAUAUCUGAAAAGGACCGCAGCAACGCCGAGCUCUAUUACUUAUCUCUAAUUGGCAAGGAGCUGUCAGUAUCUCCAGAGACGGCAGAACCAGAUAUACUCAAACCGCAUCCUCGAUAUGGCGAACUAUGCAAGAUCUACGGCGAGCCGCUCAUCCAACGAGUCUCGAAAGCAACCGGGUCAGACGCUGCAGUCAACCCGCGCUCUGUUGCGGCGCGAUUAGUGCGGGUGCUAUUUCGUCUGAACCAAGACAAUGCUCAAACGGUCAAGGUCAAGGAUAUUCCUCGGUCGUAUGACACGUACCAGGUCAAAUCUAUCGUCUCUCGACUAUUCGGCAUCACACCAUUUGAGUUCCGCCUGAUUUGGGAAACGGACGAACUAGACCCGGUCAGUAAGGAGAACAUGGAUAUUGAAGAUGAAUGGGAUAGUGAAGUCGAAGAAGAAGACGCCUCGGGCGAGCAGCUGAAUUCUGGGGACGAAGCGAAGUUCGUCAAACGAGAAGUCGAGCUUGUUGAUACGACCAAGGAUAUUGGUUUCUGGUUUCAGCCAGACCUUAUAGAGGCUAGAGUUCGGAUUGAGAUUCAAUCUCUUCCAUCUGCAUAG